UGGACUUCCUGCCAUCUGCGGAGAGGGGGGAGCGAGCGAGAGAGACCCCUGCCACCCUUCUGUGGGCCUGAGAGUCCGUCUGGUCGGCUGCGCCAAAACCACCGCCAAUGGCCAGCGAUGGAGCACGCGGGGUGCGCUAGCCUCUAGGACCAUGCAGUUUUGGCUAUGGGGAUAUCUGGCCUGAUUCUUUUCCUGUUAAUGUUGGGAUUUCUGGCCCCGCCAGCUCUUCUGACCCCCGUGCAACCCAUCUGCGACCCACGAGUCAUGGAAAAAUACAUCCUGGAAGCCCAGCAAGCAGACCAAGAUAUGGGGAGGGUCUGUGCUGCUUCGUGUGCCUUACUGGAAACCGUCCGGGUGCCAGACACCAAGGUGAAUUUUCUAGAAUGGAAAAUGAUGACUACAGCCCGGCAGGCCUCCGAGGUGUGGGGAGGCCUGGCCUUGCUGGUGACUGCCUUGACCCAGGCCCAGGAGCACCCGCCUGCCUCACUCCCCUCCCUCCGGGAGCAGCUGGCCCGCAUGAGAAGCACCCUCCUCAGCGUCAAGGAGAUCCUGCGCAGCGUCAACGUGGAGGCAGAGGCCCGACCGCUGGAGGCAGCCCCUCCCCCUGCUUUGGCCAUCCGGACGGUGGAGAAGCUCCUCAGCAUUUACCUGAACUUCCUUCGCGGGAAAGUCAACCUGUACCUCACCGAAGCCUGUCGGAACUACGCCAGGUGACGGCGGGAGGCCUGCCCCUCUCCUCGCUCGGUCUGCGGCCCCCCUGGGAAAGG